AUUUACAUUAUAUUUUUUCUUUGUUGAAAAAAUCGAUAUUUCCUUAUAAUCGAUUCAAAAAAUCAUCUUGCGUCAUCGAUUCGACGAACUUUUCUAUCAAGCAGCGGCCAUUUUGUAUUCGACCGUCACAGCGUGCAUACAGAUCUACAAUGGCGGACGCAGCUCCAGCCGGUGGACGUGGCGGUUUCCGCGGCGGCUUUGGUUCUCGCGGUGGUGAUAGAGGCCGUGGUGGCCCACGUGGCCGUGGACGCGGUCGCGGCCGUGGACGUGGUCGCGGCAAGGAGGACCAGAAGGAGUGGGUGCCGGUCACUAAGCUUGGACGUCUGGUCCGCGAAGGAAAGAUCGACAAGCUCGAGAGCAUCUACCUGUUCUCUCUGCCCAUCAAAGAGUUCGAAAUCAUCGAUUUCUUCCUUGGGCCAUCUCUCAACGAUGAGGUGCUCAAGAUCAUGCCUGUGCAGAAACAGACCCGUGCUGGUCAGCGCACGCGCUUCAAGGCGUUCGUUGCCAUUGGCGACAACAACGGUCACAUCGGCCUGGGUGUGAAGUGCAGCAAGGAAGUGGCAACAGCUAUCCGUGGAGCCAUCAUCCUUGCUAAGCUCUCUGUUCUGCCGGUGCGCAGAGGCUACUGGGGCAACAAGAUUGGCAAGCCUCACACAGUACCUUGCAAGGUGACCGGAAAGUGCGGUUCAGUUACUGUGAGGCUGAUCCCUGCUCCUCGUGGUACUGGCAUUGUGUCUGCCCCAGUCCCCAAGAAGCUGCUUCAGAUGGCUGGAGUCCAGGACUGCUACACCUCAGCCCGUGGCUCCACCGGCACCCUGGGCAACUUCGCCAAGGCUACUUAUGCUGCCAUUGCCAAGACCUACGCCUACCUCACACCUGACUUGUGGAGGGAUAUCCCACUGACAAAGUCGCCCUACUCUGAAUUCAAAGUCUAAAGACAUUUCUCAUAUCUUGUGAUGGGAGAAUAAAUAUUUAAAAAAAUA